AUGGCCCAAUAUUACCCCCAGCAACAGGGAUAUCCCCCUCAAGGCUCCGCACAAAACCUCCAGUUCUUCCCCUCGUCCUACUCUUCCGUCUCUGGCCACACGACCCCUUCACAAGCAUCCUAUGGCGCCGGGUUUGGCGGCGCCCCCAAUCCCUCUGCGCAGGCCUACCCAGCUGCUGGCGCGUAUGGAUUUGGAUCACCAGCUGCUGGCGUCAGUGGACGCAUGGGCGAUCAAGGGGGCCUGAGGACCGGUUGGUUAGCCGCGUUUGGCACAGAGGGGUAUGACGGGGAGCCACCGCUGCUCGAGGAGUUAGGAGUCAACUUUGAACAUAUCCGGACUAAGACUUUGACGGUUCUCAAUCCUUUUGCUUCGAUCGAUAACCAUCUUAUGGACGAUAGUGAUCUCUACGGAGCACUGCUUUACAUCGUCUUGUACGGCACUUUCCUUCUCCUCUCCGGAAAGGUCUUCUAUGGCUAUAUCUACGGUGUGGCGGUCUUUGGCACAGUUGCCUUGCACAUGAUUCUUAGCCUCAUGUCUCCUGCCCUCGACACAGCUCCUACCCCCAACGCCGCUGACCCUAACAACUACAACCCUCACCACAAACCUUCUAUGUCCAAUGCCUCCACCGCCGGUCAUUUCUCCGCUACCCUGACCUUCCCUCGCUCCGCCAGUGUCCUGGGCUACUGUUUCCUUCCUUUGGUUCUUACCAGUCUGAUUGGUAUCCUCAUUCCCAUGGAUACCUUGUUCGGAUAUCUCUUGACAAUUGCCGCGGUUGGCUGGUGUACCUACAGUUCCUCGGGCAUGUUCUGUGCGGUGGCCCGCAUGAGCGGGAUGCGGGGACUGGUGGCUUACCCGCUGGCCUUGUUCUAUGUUGUCUUUGGCAUCAUGGGCAUCUUCUCCUCUCGUGGAUCUGGCUCGCUGGCUGCGAAAACAGGCGCGGCUUAG